AUUCGUUGUUGGUACUCUCUCUGUGUGUGUUUUCAAUCAAGCGAGCGGCGCGCGAACCUCAUCUUUUCCGCAUUGAUACCAAACUACCAACAAAAACACAUAUAACUGCAAUAAAGCAAAGCUGCUGCGUUUGUGGCGUCGUUUGUUUAUUUUUUACUAACUAAAAACAAACAACAACACAAUAAUAACAACAACAGCAACAACAGAAACAGAAGCACAAACUUUAAAACUCGCGUUGCGUUGCGUUACGUUACGUUCGCUGUUACGUUAAUACCGCAUCGUAAGAAUCGGUAACAUUUUCAAAUUACCGUUUGGCGUCUGACUCCGUUUUGUUCCUUCGUCUUACUUACAAACGUACAUACAUGCAUAUGUAUAAUAAUCAAUAUAACAUACAAACAUACAAACGUAGAAUAAACGAAUGCUAGUUGAAACUGGCUUUCAACUUAUUUAAUCCAUUGAAUUUGAAUUUGUGGUGUGUGCAGUGCAAGCAAAAAAGAGGACAUAGUUGCAUAAAAUAUACAAAUAAUCCAUCAAACUAUUAACAAAGUUGAAAUCAACUGAAUUCCCCCUCUCGUCCCCCGAUACGAUCUUCAAUUCGGCUAAAAACAUGGAACACUUUCAUCAAAUUCAGCAAACAAUUCAACACUAUCAGCAGCAACUGGCUGCGCAGCAACAACAACAAGCGGCUGCAGUACAACAGCAACAGUUGCAACAACAUCAAGUAGUUGUCCAGCAGAAUCAACAGCAGGCGCAUCAAAAUAGCUCCAAUACCACGGCCGGCGUUGGCACCCAACAGCUAUUUACAUACAAAAUGGCGAGUAGUUUCCCCAAUCCGGCCACGACAAUGGCACAAGUUGUUGCCACAUCGAAUGCGGCCACCACCGGCUACGAUUACCGUCUAAAUAUGGCACAAGCGGCAGCAGCCGCUGCAGUUCCUGGCUCCCAAUGGUGGUACUCGGCUGCCAAUCAGGGUCAGGUGGAUGCCAACACAGCUGCACAGUUGCAGCAGCAGCAACAACAGCAGCAACAGCAGCAGCAACAGCAACAGCAGCAGCAACAACAGCAGCAGCAACAACAACAGCAGCAACAGCAACAAAUGCAACAACAGCAACAGCAACAAAAUGUCAUCAACUCAGCCAGUAGCCCAAUGGUCAGAGGAAAAGCUGAUGCGAAACCCAGAGGCCGAAUGACCGCCUAUGCAUACUUUGUACAAACAUGCAGAGAGGAGCACAAAAAGAAGCAUCCCGAUGAGACGGUGAUAUUUGCCGAAUUCUCCCGAAAAUGUGCUGAGAGAUGGAAGACAAUGGUCGAUAAGGAGAAGAAACGCUUCCAUGAAAUGGCUGAAAAAGACAAGCAGAGGUACGAGACGGAAAUGCAGAACUAUGUACCGCCCAAGGGUGCAGUUGUGGGACGCGGCAAGAAAAGAAAACAGAUCAAGGACCCAAAUGCGCCAAAACGUUCAUUGUCUGCGUUCUUCUGGUUCUGCAAUGAUGAAAGAAAUAAAGUGAAGGCUCUGAAUCCCGAAUUCGGUGUUGGUGAUAUUGCCAAAGAGCUUGGCCGCAAAUGGUCCGAUGUUGAUCCCGAAGUGAAGCAAAAAUACGAAUCGAUGGCAGAGCGGGAUAAGGCACGAUAUGAAAGGGAAAUGACCGAGUACAAGACAAGCGGGAAAAUUGCCAUGUCAGCGCCCUCAAUGCAAGCGUCGCUGCAGGCGCAGGCACAAGCAGUGCAGAAAGCAGCGUUAUUAGCAGCUGCUGCCCAACAACAACACCAGCAGCUGGAUGAGCAACAUGACGAUGAUGAUGGUGACGGUGAUGAUGACGAGAAUCAAUAGGUUUAGCAGUAA